CCUGUCUGAGAGGAUACAGUUCACAUCAGGCUCAAGUCAGAAAUCCUGUCUCAACCUUUCAUCUCGUUCACCUUGCAGCUUUGUUUCUCAGCAGCCAUGAAGACCAUUGCAGUUUCUGUUGCCACGGUGAUGAUGUGUGUAAUGAUGAUACAUGCAGAUGUCAAGCCGCAGAGAGAUUUCAGCCUCCAGAAGUUUGCAGGGAAAUGGUACCGUGUGGGCUUUGCCUAUGACUCCCCAGGUUUUGCCCUGUACAGAGACAAAGUAAAGAUCUCCAUGGGUAUCAUCACACCACUGCCCAACGGUAGCGCCAACCUCACCAUGUGGGAGCUCACACCUUUCGGCUGUAUGACUUACAUGUACCAGUAUAACAAGACCAGUGUGCCUGGACAGUUUACUUACUUCAGCACCCGCCACAACAUGGUGAAGGACAUCACAGUGGUAGAUACAAACUACACUGACUAUGCUGUGGUUCUGAAGCACAAAGUUUUUAACAGAGAGUACACACAAGUGGCCCUUUAUGGCCGCUCUCAGAGAGUCCGAAACGAUGUCCUGCAGAAGUUUAAAGCCUUUGCUUUGUCCCAAGGUUUCCCCAAAGAGACAAUUCUGACUCCACCUCCAGCAGAGAACUGCCCCCCAUCAGGAUCUGGACGUUAGGUUCCCUGACUGAUGUGUGAUGAAGGUGGCAGCAUAUUCUGAUGUGACGAGUAAAACAGAAUAACUACAAAGAAUAUAAAAAUCAAACUGCUCAUGGAAUAUUUUUCUGUAGUUUAACAUUUCCUACCCUAUCUUUUUGCUGUAUACAGUUGAUUAAAUGAGCUGUAUGUGUUUUACUGCAUAAAGUAAAAGAGAAGGAAAGGACUGAUUUGCAUGUUUCUAUUUAUCAGACCCAAUACUAACAUCAGAAGUAGUCAAUGCGGUGACUGUGGAGAUGGACAAU